UAAAUACAAAACACAUAUGUAUCCAUGACUCACAGACAGAUUUUAGAUACUUCUAUUUGAUUUGUUUUUUUUUCUUUUCUGGUUUUGUUUUUGGAUAAUCUACUUGUAUUUCAUCAAAUCUUUCUGAUCCACUACCAACUUCACUUUUGUAAAAUGAUUAUGAUUAAGAUAUGAGACAAAAAAAAAUAAUUUUCAUCAAUUCUAUAGAAAGGUAAUGAUAUACAUUGAUUUAAAGACAGAUAAAGAAAGUCUUAAUUAACUGACAAGACUCUAUGUUAUUGUAUAUUACAAAUUAAAAGGAUUUCUUUAAUUAUUAUAACUGUGAUUGUUCUAUCAAUUACAUAUGUAUAUAUAUCUUGAAUAAUUUGUGGAUCCAUGUGAAUAUAAUCUACAUUAAAGUAUUGAAGAGUGAUUAUCUAUAUAGAUAAUCUAUACAUAUAUACAUAGAUACACAAAACUUACAUUUAACACAACAAGAAAUUAUGCACGAUGAGGUCAGUGAAACAGAAAAUAUACGCAAAAAUUUGGCUAUUGAACGUAUGAUUGUAGAUGGUUGUGAUUUAUUGCUUGAUGUUAAUCAAGUAUUUGUACGUCAAGGUACAUUAAUUCAAGUUAUGUGUGACAAAUUACGUUCCUCUCGUUCAAGAUUAGGAAAUUUCGGAUCAUCUUAUCGUGAAAGAAAAGAAGCUGUACGUCAAGUAUUUUUAUUCACCAAUCAUUUAUUGAUUACUGCUCGUACUAAUAAUGGUAAAUUAAGAUUGGUCAAAAACUGUGGUAAAAUCUCAUUGGUUGAAUGUACUUUAGUUGAAGAUACUACAGCAGAAUUAUUCAAUAUGGAUGAUGAAGAUCAAUUGAAUGUUACAAAUGAACAAAAAUGUCAACAAGACAAUACAUCACACAUGACAAAAAACAAUACUGUUCAAUUAUUAAACACAACACCAAUAAAUGUAAAUACUAAUGUUGAAUUAAAUACGCGUAAUUCUAUUCCAAUCAAUACACUUGGUACCAGUUCUACUACUAAUACUACUACAACGAGUAAUAGCAUUAGUAAUACUGCACAUGAAUUAGGUCAACAACUUCCACAGAAUUUACAUAAACGUUACAUAUGUCCAGAUUCAACAUUUAAUCGAUAUACCUAUGUAAAUAAAUCAAAUCAAAUGGAUUCAAUGUCAAAGUCUACAACGAUAACAGGUACAGUACAACAACAAUCGAUUCCAUGUCCCUCUACACAACAUAGACAUUCUACCUCAUUAUGCAUAGGAACUAAUAUUAGUAAUAAUGAGAAUGAUUUACAUGAUGCAAUGACAAACUGUUGUAUUACACCAAUAUGUAGUAUGGAUAGUUAUUCUCCUAGUAUUAAUACAAUUGAUGAAGCUCGUGCAGUUUCAGUUACUAAUGUUACUACAAUGACAACUGCUAAUAUUAUUACUGCCACUACAAUGACACCAACAAUGAACUCGACUAAUACUUCAUCCUCUUCUAUUCUACAUGGUCGUAAUAAUUCCAAUGUAUCAUAUUCAACAAUAACUUCACCAAUAAUCACAACAAUAAUAACACCAGAUAUAAAUAUUAUGAAUUCUAGUCCAUUAUUAGCAUCAUCAUCAUCAUCAUGUAUUCAACCGACAAGUCCAUUAUCAUUUUCAAUGUUACAUCGACUCAGUAGUAAUAUGGGUUUAUUUAAUUCAAUCAACAAUAACACCAAUAAUAAUAAUACAUGUAUUAAUGACAAAACAGAUUAUGGUAAUUUAGAUUUUCGUUUAAUAUGGGAACCUAAAAAUGGUCAACCAACAAGUAUAUGGCUUGUUGCAUCAACAUUACAAGAGAAAGCUGCAUGGUGUUCUGAUAUUAGUCAAUGUAUUGAACAAUUGCAUUAUGGAGAUAUUUUAAAUUCAGCUCAAUCGGAUGUUUCUUCUGUAGCAAUGCCUCAGUCUAUUCGAUCGGAUCCAAAAUUGUUUAAAGAUGAUGUAGAUAUUAAAUUUAGUCAUACAUUGAAUUCAUGUAAAGUACCACAGAUUCGUUAUGCAACAGUUAGUCGUUUACUUGAUCGACUAACUGAUGCCAGAUUCUUAUCAAUAGACUUUUUGAAUACGUUUCUACUUACCUACCGUGUAUUUACCACUGGUCUGUCAGUAAUAUGGGCAUUAAAUCAAGUUCUAGCAAAUCCGGAUGUAGAAAAUGGUGGCAAUGCAUCACAUUCUAAUCAAAAUCAAUCAUUUACAUACUCUCAUUUUGAAAAUCCUGAACAACGUGAUCGAUUAUAUACAGCUAGACCAUCAGAAGUUUCAUUAACUAUAAAUCGUUUACCAGUUUUAGAAGAAACUGUACAUAGUAACACUGAUGAUAUAUCAUCAAGUUCAAAUUCUAUUACACAAAUAGAAAAUCAAUUAGAAACUAAUUAAUAACAAUAAUAAUAAUAAUA